UUUUUAAUGGAUAGAUUGGCUAUAAAAGUUGAGCAGAUCAAGGGUAAAGGCAGAGGUUUAGUUGCCACCAAGGAUCUAAAGGCGGGUGACAUUAUAUUCACUGAGGAACCAUAUUCAUUCUGCUUGUCACAAUUGGAGAACAAAUGCGAUUAUUGUUUAUCUGAUAAAAAAAAUCUCCUGUUUUGUUCUACAUGUAGACUUCAAAAAUACUGCGAUGUAUUAUGCCAGAAAGCCGCAUUGGAUUCCCACAAAGCAGAAUGCAAAAAUCUUCCAAAAUUGGUGAGAAUGGAAUUUAAUAUGCGACCAGAAAUGAUUGUGUUAUUUACCAGGCUUCUUAGAAAAAUCCAGAUAGAGAAGAAGGAAGUUAGGCGGCGUGCAAGGACUGAUGGAUUCCCCCAAAGCAUCAAUGACCUGGAAAGCCUCUAUGAACACUGGGAAGAAAAACACAGAGUACGUUGCAAAAAGGAGCAUAAAGAAUUGGAAUCAUUUCUUGGAAGGAAAAUAGAAGAAAAGGAAUUUAAUCAUCUUGCCAGUCGAGUAUAUACUAAUUCUCUAGUCAUCACUGGUCCGCUUAUAGAUUGGCUUGGACCAGCAAUCUAUCUUAAGGCAUCUUUAAUCAACAAUAGCUGUGAUUUCAACUCGGUUCCUGUAUAUUUUGGCAAAACUGUAAUUAUACGGGCAGUAGGAACUAUAAUGAAAGGAGAAGAGAUUACUGUAGCAUACACAGACAUUUUGGAGCCUACUUUCAAGCGACGCCAUAUUCUAAGAGAGAAAUAUUGUUUUACUUGUAAUUGCACUCGUUGUGAGAAUAAAGAACUUGAUGCAAAAAUGCAAAGUAUCCUAUGUGAAAAAUGUGAAUGUCAGGUGCUAAGAAAAAAUUAUAAGACAUUCAUGAAAUGCAGUGCCUGUGAACACGUGCAGUCUCAAAAGCAUACAUCUGCCGUGUUGGCCAUUGAGGCUGAGAGCGAAUCAUUUUUGAAAAUCGGAGCAGCUAAGCCAAUUCCAAAUAUCCUUUCAGAAUAA